AUGAAUGGUGAAUUGGAAAAGCAGCCAGAACGAUGCAACGAAAAGCAAGCAGCAGAUGCGCCUGAGCCAAACGACGACGAAGAGGCCGAGGGACUCCAUGCCGAAAAUAUUAUACAGGCCGCCAAACAGUUUUCAACGGCGCGAAAAGCUUCCAUUAUUACGAUCUUAUCAAGUUUAUACCUGAUCAACACUUUCGGCACUGGUAUUCUCGUGGCUGCUCUCCCGCGCGUGGCCCUUGAUGUCCACCUAUCCGAGGCCCUUAUCCUCUGGCCAGUCGCAGUCUACAAUCUCUCCGCAGGGUGUUUGCUACUGAUUUUCGGUGCUGUCGCAGAUAUAAUUGGCACCAAACUUAUGUGGCUGGCUGGUACUUAUUUGUACAUUGUGUUCACCCUGGCGGUCGGUUUUUCUCGCUCUGGCAUCCAAAUCAUCAUGUUCCGCAUGCUCCAGGGAGCAUCAAUUGCCAUGAGUCUCCCCACCACCGUGAGUCUCAUCACCAAUACCUUUCCCAAGGGGAGCUGGCGCAAUGUCGCUUUCGCCAUUGUUGGCAUUGGAUCUCCGUUAGGCUUCGCUCUUGGUCUCGUUCUUGGUGGUGUCUUCACUGACACCAUCGGCUGGAGAUGGGCUUAUUACAUCACCGCUAUACUCAACUUUCUGAUAUCAACUUCGGCCGUGUGGUUGUUACCAAACGUUCACAUCGGCCACCAUUCUGCUUCCCGCGCCAGUCGACUGGCCCGCGAGAUUGAUUGGAUUGGGGCGGUGAUCAUAAGCGCGGGCCUGGGACUACUACUAUACAUACUGGCUGCAAUCACCUCCGGCUUAAGCAUCCGGAACCCUCAGGCUAUCGUAUUACUCCUGCUCUUACUCGCCCAAAUCAACGCCAAGCACCCCAAGAUAGCUGACAAGCGUCGUGCAGCUUUCAACAGAUACAGCGAGUUCCAGCGCUUCAAAGCUCUCUCCGGUUCAUUCCCCAUGGUCCACGUUCAGAAGCUCGCCGUGAUCUCCGCCAUAGUGACGGCGGCGGCUCCUGCUCUGAUGGCCACGAUGCCUAUUGACGCCAACUACUGGUUCGCACCAUUCUGGGCCCUGAUUCUAUCACCCAUCAAUCCAGACACGCUGUUUACAGUCUCGAACCUCGUAAUCUCCGACGCAUUUCCGUCCGACGUUCAAUCGCUUGCUGGUGGAGUCUUCAGCGAAAUCUGUCAGUUUGGCAACUCUGUUGGUUUGACCAUAAUCGCUGUUAUUGCCAGGUCCGUCUCACAGCAGUCAGAUGUCACUCCACACGAGGCCUGGCUUAUGGUGGGCUUUAGAGCAGCCUUCUGGACAAUUUUUGCGGGAUGUGUACUUGUUAUCCCUUUAAGCUUCUUUGGACUGCGGAAAGGAGGUUUGAUCGGAAAGAAAAGUCCUGACGGCACUUAG